UAACUCAUUCAUCUCGUUAACCUUAAUCAAACAAAUCAUAAACAUUUCUUCAAAAGAUUCAAUUUUGAAUAUAAAUUUGAAUUCUAAUAAUAUUGAUAUAUUAAAAACAAUAUGAUUUGUAAAUACAAAUCUCACAUUUUCAUUAUAUUUUUCCUAGCCUUAUUUCCCUUUAUCCAAUCCAAACUCACCCCAAACUACUAUGAAAAAUCAUGUCCAAGAUUCUUAGACAUCAUGGAGGAAACCGUGGCCGCGAAGCAGCAAUUAACGCCCACCACAGCUGGUGCUACACUCCGCCUCUUCUUCCAUGAUUGCAUGAUUGGAGGCUGUGACGCCUCCGUUUUGAUAUCCUCAAAUGCCUUCAAUAAGGGAGAGCGUGAUGCAGACAUCAAUCUCUCCCUCUCAGGAGAUGGAUUUGACGUGGUGACGCGCGCUAAAAACAUGUUGGAGUUGGAAUGUCCCGGCAUUGUCUCAUGCUCUGACAUAAUCGCAACAGCCGCGCGUGACCUUGUCGUCUUAGUCGGCGGUCCAUUCUACGAGUUAGGCCUCGGUAGAAAAGAUAGUCUAGUCUCCAGAGCUGUUGACGCGGAAAACAAAUAUCCAACACCAAACAUGACAAUGAAUCAGGUGAUAGAGAUUUUCACAUCAAAAGGGUUUACAAUUCAAGAGAUGGUGGCUCUAGUAGGAGCACACACAAUAGGAUUCUCUCAUUGCAAAGAGUUUAGCAACCGGCUCUACAAUUUCAGCAAAACCGCUGAAACUGAUCCAAAAUAUAAACCAGAAUUUGCCGCGGGGCUAAAGAAACUCUGCCAAAAUUACCAAAAGGACCCCGCGAUGUCGGCCUACAAUGACGUGAUGACACCUAAGAAGUUUGACAACAUGUAUUAUAAGAAUGUGAAAAGAGGGUUAGGUCUAUUGGCUACGGAUAGUUUAAUGUUUGAGGACAAGAGGACAAAGCCAUUUGUGGAAUUGUAUGCGGAAAAUGAAAGCAAAUUCUUUGAGGAUUUUGGUCAUGCUAUGCGUAAGGUAAGUGUUUUGAAUGUUAAGGUGGGAAAGAAUGGAGAGGUACGAAAUAGGUGUGAUUCUUUCAACAACCUUGAUACUAAUUGAGAUUUUGGUGGUAAUUAUUGUGGAGAGGAUAUUCAAAUGUAAUUCAAAUAUUUAGCAAUGUUUUGUGCAACUUGAUUGUGUGCAGUUUGGUUGUGUACAACUAUAGUCACAAACUUUAAAUCAAAGAUCUUUUUAAGUCAAA